AGCCCGGCUUCCGGCGGCGUGGGCGGGGCUUCGGGUCUCUUUCCUGGGAUAUCCGCGGACCUCAUGGAAGCAAAGACCCUUGGAAGUGCAACACCCAGAAAACCUGUCUUAUCUGUCAGUGCGAGAAAAAUUAAGGACAAUGCAGCCGAUUGGCAUAAUUUAAUCCUGAAAUGGGAAACGCUCAGUGAUGCAGGGUUUGCUACUGCAAAUAAUAUUGCCAACACAAAAAUCAGCUUAUUGAGCAAAUACAAGAUGGAAUUGGAGAGCAGCAGCCCAGCUUCUGAUGAAAAUACAGAAAAAGUGCACCCGGAAUACAGUAAGGAACUCGAGAUGCUGUGUGAGGAGCUACAGGCCACCUUAGACGGUUUGACCAAAAUACAGGUGAAAAUGGAAAAGCUGUCUUCAACUACCAAGGGAGUUUGUGAACUGGAAAAUUACCAUUAUGGGCAGGAGAGCAAACAGCUCCCCCUGUUUCACACGUGGCCCACAGCCCAUUUUUAUGAGGUUUCCCGCCAGCUCUCUGACAUGUACGGGAAGGAGCUCCGCCUGAAGCGCACCAUCACUGAAGAGCUCGCACACACCACGGACCACGAUCUCACCCUGAGCUACCUGUCGCUGUGGCUGCACCAGCCCUACGUGGAGAGUGACAGCAAGCUGCUUCUGGAAAGCAUGCUGCUCGAAACAGGGCACCGAGCACUGUGACCUCCCAAUACAGCCUCACGUGUGUUCUCCAGGCCCUGGACCACUGGCCUCUGCAGCCCCCCGGGGGACAGUCUUCCAUGCAGGACCCAGUGCCGUCCCCAGCAUCGUGCCCCAUGCUCUGGUGUGGUCACCCACCGACCUCCAUGGGUCUUCCAGACUGGACCGUCUCACCAGCUCCCUGCGGCCUCUCCAGACACACUUGGAACUGCUGUGUACCACCUGCCACUCAGCAGCAUCUGCACCCGCUGUGAACCUGUCACCCAUGAGGACAUCUGUGUGAAUUAAAUGAGGUCCUCAACAGAA